AGGGCGGCCUUGGAGUCGCCGCUCAUUGCCAGGGUCAGAAGUUGGCCCUGUGUUUGCUCCUCACGAUGAAAGAAAACCGCGGGAGAGCGCCGAGUGGCGGAGAACUGCGUUCAGCCAGUGGGCGCGGAAAUGAAUUUUAGCUGCUAUGUGCAAAACCCCUAGGUGUGUGGACAGAAGGGAGCCGACCAGAAGGUUACAACAGGUCAGGAACAAAUAACCGCCAGGCGGAGGCUCCCCGAUUCCGUCCUUCCUUUUGUUGGGUGAGGAGCGAGCGCCAGGCGGUCGCGUUCACAAAGGCUUUGGAAAGAAGCGGCUGCACGGUCCCCGCUCGGCUCCAGUCCCGGGUUUGAACUCAUGUCAUUGCAUGGAGAAUUAAAGAGGAUUGCUCUGGAUGAUAACUGCUCAAGAACGCCUGUGGAAGUCACAUAAUUUAUUCGUUAGAGUCUUUGCCUGACCACAGUCAUCACAGAAAGUCGACGAGGAGGAUGGGAUGACCGAAGUCACCGACGGAAAGCCCCACGGAGAUGCCCUGGGACUGCUCGUGGCUGGGAAGCAGAGAUGGGCCACAGAAGGGAGCUGGCAUCUGAGCUGUGAAAGGGGCACUUGGGAGAGCAUUGGCCUGAAGAAGUAAUCCAGGACCAAAGCCAAAGCAUCCUUGGUCUGGUGAAGGACACUCGAACCUUUGGAGAACCACCGAGGGGCACAACGGCUGGGGCCAGCCUAUUGAUCAGUUUAGAGUUCCAGUUUCAUGCCAAUCACUCUCUCUGAGAGUUGGGAAGCAUGCCAGUCUCUUAGCAGGAUGCUCAUAGGUGUUUGGACUACAGCAUGACUGUUCAAAGACACAUUCUUAGGUCCAGUUGUCUGUCCCCUGAUCUGAAAGAUCUAUCCAAUCAGGGGUACAGGCAUGGAUGGGAAGAAAUGCAGCGUGUGGAUGUUUUUACCCCUUGUAUUUACCUUGUUUACUUCAGCUGGAUUGUGGAUAGUAUACUUUAUAGCUGUGGAAGAUGACAAAAUUUUCCCAUUAAACUCAGCUGAAAGGAAACCUGGUGUGAAACAUGCACCAUAUAUAAGUAUUGCAGGUGAUGAACCUCCUGCAAGCUGUGUGUUUAGUCAAGUUAUGAAUAUGGCAGCAUUCCUAGCUCUUGUCGUAGCUGUUCUGCGCUUCAUACAACUGAAACCAAAGGUUUUAAAUCCAUGGCUGAAUAUUAGUGGACUGGUGGCGCUCUGUCUGGCUUCCUUUGGAAUGACCUUACUCGGUAAUUUUCAGCUCACAAAUGAUGAAGAAAUCCAUAAUGUCGGAACUUCCUUGACUUUUGGAUUUGGCACUUUGACCUGCUGGAUCCAGGCUGCAUUGACACUCAAAGUCAACAUCAAGAAUGAAGGACGGAAAGUUGGAAUUCCACGAGUUAUUCUCUCAGCAUCUGUUACUCUCUGUGUGGUCCUCUACUUCAUCCUCAUGGCCCAAGGCAUCCACAUGUACGCAGCCAGGGUCCAGUGGGGCCUGGUCAUGUGCUUCCUGUCUUACUUCGGCACCUUUGCUGUGGAGUUCCGGCAUUAUCGUUAUGAGAUUGUUUGUUCCGAAUACCAGGAGAAUUUCCUAAGCUUCUCAGAAAGCCUGUCUGAAGCGUCUGAAUAUCAGACCGACCAGGUGUAACCCAUCAGUUUUUCCUCGCUGGUGAGGUGGGUGUGGCAGCGGGGGACGGGCCAAGACACACCCACAGGACUUGAUGCAUAACCUCAUGACACGCCACACACGUACACCACACACACACACACACACACACACACACACACACACACACACACACACACACAUUCGUGGCCACAUUUGCCAAAUGAGCUUUUCAGGGCGAGUUAUGUAACGAAAAAGCACAAGCCCUAUGUGUCGAAACACACGCUGUUACACUGAAAAUAUAAUGCACGACAGAGCAAGAAGCUUGUGCAUGAUCACUUCUCUUUUUCCCUCUCUCCCGACACCCCCUGCUCUUCUUGUCCUCUUCACAUAUCCCAGACAUCGUGAUCCCCCUACCUUAGAGUAGGGCAGACCAAAUGUAACAUGGGAGUAAUGCCGACUCCCGAAGUUGCCUUCAGAUCCAAAGGGCUUGGAACCAGCUCAUGAGGAAACUGUGAAUCUGGCACCAGUGCUCUCGAAUGGACAGAGUAUCAUCUAGUUGGAUGGAAACUGUACAGAUGUGAUCCCGUGUAACCUGUGGAGGAUGUGGGAUCAACGACAGAACUUUCCCACAAGAACCCCCUUCAUCAUCGCUCAGCGAUUGGCGGAGCAUUCGACGAAAGGAAACGCUACAAGCUGUGAGAGGGAAGCCCGCCACGAUUUGGACUUUACUGCGACUGAGAAAAUAUUUCCAAAUGUGAACAUUUGCAGGGCCAUGGUCUGCCAGGCAUGGAGAGAUGGGGGCAGCGAGGGUGUGGUUUCAGUUUUGCUUCCAUAGUAUGCUAUGGUCCGUUUUUAUUUUCUAUUUCGUAGUUUGCUUUCUUUCUUUUCAAGUAACUACCAUGGGUCUCUUGAGGCCUCAUGGACAAGGAAGAUGUAGGCCAAAUGCACGAACAGAGCUUGUAUGCAGUUCAACCAUGAUAAAAGGGAAAAAAAAAUAUAAGGUUACCUGCAGGCUUAAUUCGCUGUUUUAUGUUUGAAGCUAAGAAAAUGUUCACAGAAAAGCACAAAGAAAUACGUAUGCAGGUAACAAAAAGAGCUCCUGCUGGACAUUGUAAAAGAGAGGAGUUUUAGAGCAUCUUGUUGCAAGUCUAAAUUGGGGGUGGGGGGGAGGAGUCUUAAUACGAAUCUAUUGCCCACGUUUAGUAUUUUGGGUGGCAAGGGGUUAAAGGCUUUUCAUACUUGGAAUUUGUAGAAGCUGAUUAAAAGGUUACCCUCCCCCAAAACAAACUGGUUCAGCUCAUUCCCUACAACCCAACACGUAGUUUCCAUCUGCGAAGAGUUUAAAACUCAACGUAUAUGCCUGGGCUUUAGAGGCUGUACUUGAUUUAAAAAAAAAAAAAAAAAAGCAGAAUUCUAAAUUCAGAAUGUAUUGGAGUGGGCCAAGCUGACAGACCCUCUAUGAAUGCACUUUGUUUCAAUAAAUCCCCCAAUUUAUUUCAUAGGGGGCUUGGGAUUUCAUGGAAUAUAAUGUGAAAGAUGUUUUUUUCAAUUCAACCCAAACUCUGAGCUUCUUGAGGAGGGGCUCAAUGACUUUUCAUCUCUGUAUUUACCCCCCCCCCCGACCCCCAUCUUAGCACAGUGCCUGGCACAGGUGAGGUGCUCAACAAAUGUCUGUUGAAUAGAAUUAAUGGUAAUUUAGAGUAGGAAAAAGGAGUAUCAGAGAAAGCCGCAAAGAUGAGCUAGAGAGAAUAGAAGAUGACCGUUUCAUGCAAGACAGGAAUGGAAGAAAAGGGUUAGGGAGGGGAGGGAGAGUACUGCUAAGGCAGCUGUCCCCACCCCUUUGGCACCAGGGACCGGCUUCACGGAAGACAACUUUUCCACGGACGGAGGGUGGGGUAUGGUCCAGGCGGUCAUGUGAGCGAUGGGGAAAUGGGGAGCGGCAGAUGACGCUUCGCUCGCUCACCCGCUGCUCGCCUCCUGCUGUGCGCCCCGGUUCCUCAUAGGCUGCAGACAGCUACCUGUCCACAGCCCGGGGGUUGGGGACCCCUGCUCUAAGGGACAAGUAGAAUGUGAGAAAAAGAAACCAGCAGAGUGUUCUCCUGUUAGAAAGGCAUCUUACUGUAAAUAGUCCAAGGUGACGUUUAUUAUUUUUGAAUACUGCUUUGGGAUUUUUUUUUCAUUUUUAUAUUUUAAAAAUUUUAUCAGAGAACAAACAUGUAUGAAGUUUUCUUUUACUCUACACAGUCCAAAUUAAACAGCUUUUGGUGAUGCACUGUACACUUUCUUAAGAGUAUAUCUAAUAGCACAUUUUAACAGAAUCAAGCAAUGCCUGGCAUGAUUCAUUGGGAUCUGACCACUAAAUAAAAUUCUUUUGUGCAGAAUUAUGAUUUUUUUGUCG